AUGGGCAAUGAUCAACUAAAAGUGACAUUGCCCUGUAACAAAAUUCCCGCUAUAGAAAAUCUUGGUGAUCAAAAUGAUACUAUUGAUCUAACAGAUAAUGAUAUCCGCGUUCUUGGAAAUUUUCCGUUAUUACGCCGAGUUAGAACUUUAUUAUUAGCGAAUAAUCGUAUUACCCGCAUUGACCCACAACUAUCGGAAUUUCUUCCUAAUUUAACAACUUUAGUUCUGACUAAUAAUAACGUAUCAGAAUUAUCAGAUAUUGAUCCUUUAUCGGGAUGUUCUAGUUUACAAUAUAUUAGUUUAUUAGAUAAUCCUGUUACAAGAAAACAAUGGUAUAGAAGUUGGAUUAUCUGGAGAAUUAAAAGUGUUAGAGUCCUGGAUUUUAAGAGAAUUCGUGAUGUGGAACGUAAAGAAGCUAAACAAUUGUUUGAAGCAUCAAAGGGUGAAAUGACUUCUCUUGCCAAAUCCAUCUCGGAAGUCGCAUCCAAGACAUUUGAACCAGGCGAAGGAUUGAUUCCAAGCAAGGGGGCUAAUCUUCCAAAAUCAAACUUGCCAACACUUGGAAUGUCGUUAGAAGAGCAAAAUAAAAUUAAGGAAGCGAUUCGUAAUGCUAAAACUUUGGAAGAAGUCACGCGUCUUGAAAAAUUAUUACAAUCAGGACAUAUUCCCGGAACAAGAUCUAUUGGUGAAAUUGGGCAGGGAGAAUCACAAAUUGAUGAGGAUGAAGAAAUGGAAAGUUGA